UGGAGGGCAGCUGUAGUCACAGCAGAUAUUGGAGGAAGUGAAUGCUGGACAGGAGCUUGGCGCGAGGCACAGCAGGGCUGACUAUGAGGUCUCAAGAGCUGGUCCUGUUGCUCCUGAUAUUGAGGUGGCCAGCAGCACACAUGGAGGACCCUGCCUUCCCACACUUGGGUGACAGCUCACAGCCCCUGCCAAGGCCCUGUCCUUGGCGCUGCUCCUGUCCCCGAGAUGACACAGUGGACUGUGCUGGUCUGGACCUGAGGGUGUUCCCAGACAAUGUCCCCAGAGCUGCUAGGCACCUCUCCUUGCAGAACAACCACCUUCAGGAGCUCCCCUACAACGAGCUAUCUCGACUCAGUGGCUUGCGCACCCUGGACCUGCAUAGCAACCUCAUCUCCUCAGAGGGCCUGCCUGAUGAGGCCUUUGAGUCUCUCACCCAGCUAGAGAACUUCUAUGUGGCCCACAACAAGCUUUCUGUCGCGCCCCAGUUCCUGCCACGCUCCCUGCGUGUCGCCGAUCUGGCUGCCAAUGAAGUGGUGGAGAUCUUUCCUCUCACCUUUGGGGAGAAGCCUGCACUCCGGUCUGUAUACCUCCACAACAACAGACUGAGGAACACUGGGUUGCCACCUAACACCUUCCAUGGGUCAGAGGCUAUUACCACCUUAAGUCUUUCCAGCAACCAGCUCAGCUACCUACCACCCAGCCUGCCAGCCUCCCUGGAGCGGCUCCACCUGCAGAACAAUCUUAUCUCCAAGGUGCCCAGAGGAGCACUUAGCCUCCAGACCCAGCUCCGUGAGCUGUAUCUCCAGCAUAAUAAGUUGACAGACAGUGGCCUGGAUGCAGCGACCUUCAGCAAGCUGAGCAGUCUUGAGUACCUGGACCUGUCCCACAACCAGCUGGCCACAGUACCCGAGGGUCUGCCGGGAACUCUGACCAUAUUACACCUGGGUCGCAACUGCAUCCAGCAUGUGGACGCUGUAAGGCUGCACAGAGCAAGGGGUCUGCGCUACCUGCUGCUGCAGCACAAUAAGCUGGGGGCCUCGGCGCUGCCCGCGGGGACGCUGAGGCCUCUGCGAGCCCUGCACACAUUGCACCUCUAUGGCAACAGGCUGGAGCAUGUGCCUCCCUCAUUGCCCCGCCGCUUGCAGGCCCUGGUGAUGCCCCACAACCGCGUGGCCACGCUGGGUGCGCGGGAUCUGGUCUCAGCGCGAGCCUUGGUCGAGCUCAACCUGGCCUACAACCGCCUGACCAGCGCACACUUGCAUCCCGGCGCCUUCCGCCGCCUGCGCGCCUUGCGCAGCCUGGACCUGGCCGGUAACCAGUUGACCCGGCUGCCCGAGGGCCUGCCGGCCAGUUUGCGCUCGCUGAGACUACAACGCAACCAACUGCGGACCCUGGAGCCAGAGCAGCUCACCGGCCUGAAUAAGUUGCAGGAGCUGAGCUUGGCGCACAACCGGCUCCGCGUGGGCGACAUUGAGCCUGGCACCUGGCACGAGCUGCAGGCACUGCAGGUUCUGGACUUGAGUCACAAUGAGCUGUCUUUUGUGCCCCCUGAUCUGCCUGAGGCCCUGGAGGAGCUACACCUGCAGGCUAACCGUAUCAGUCAUGUGGGUCCAGAGGCCUUCCUCAGCACCCCCCGCCUGCGUGCCCUCUUUCUCAGGGCUAACAGGCUUCAUAUGACAAGCAUUGCAGCCGAGGCCUUCCAGGGGCUUGCAUACCUACGUGUGGUAGACACUGCAGAAAACCCGGAGCAGGUCCUGGUCCAGUUGCCACACAAGGGCAAGGAGCCCUGAACCCUUGGGGGGGGGGGUGCCAAAUAGCCCUGGCCUGAGCUCUGAUGGACUGUGGACUAAGAAAGUUCUCAGCUGGGGCUUUAGAGGCUGAGCCUGUCCUGCCCAGAGCUGGCCAACCACUAGCAGGUGCCUCCUAUGGGAGGGGUUGGGGCUAAAGCAGGAAGCUUGCUGACUUGAACCUUCCUAGUGCUGCCUACACCCUCCGCCACAGAUGACAAUGGGGAAUAAAGCUGGUGCCCUCUCAUGUUCA